AUGGCCAUUCGCCAGGUGAAGUUUACACCGGAGGUCCUGCUCUCUGCUCCUAGACGCUCCUCUGCCACACCGAAUGCCAGUGGUACGCUCGCAGUUUAUACUCAGACAUCCUACUCAUUUGAAUCACAUUCAAAGAGCAACGAAAUUCGAGUGGUGGACAUAGAAUCUGGUCGAUCUGCUCUCGUCACCAAUGACCUCAGCGCCAGCAACCCCCAGUGGUUGGGCGGUGGUAACCAGCUGGUCUGGCUGAAGACCAAGAGCAACGGAAAUACCAGCUUCAUAGUAGGAGAUGCGCUCGCGGUAGAUAAUACGUACACUGCAGGCACUGUCCCUGGCCCGGUCUCUGAUCUCAAGGUUACUGUGCUUGAGUCCGGGAAGAUUGGAUUCGCAGUCACUGGUAAGGCCAAUCCAGACGGUUCACUUUACAACCCCCAUGAUUCCAAGAAACCUCACACGAGUGGGCGCUUGUACACUUCUCUCUUUGUACGACACUGGGAUUCAUGGAUCGAGCCUCAGAAGAAUGCUAUUUGGUAUGGUCUAUUGGAGCAAGCACCUUUAACUCCUGCCCGCCGACAGGCUGGCAAAUUCUCUGUGUCGGGCCUCACAAACUUGAUUUCUGUCUCUGGCUUGACAGGAGUUGAAUCCCCGAUUCCUCCAUUCGGGGGUACCGGUGACUUCGCAAUCAGCCCCUCCGCAAUCGUGUUCAUUGGGAAGGAUCCCGAACUUAAUCCUGCAACACACACCGGCUGCUCGUGCUACUAUGCACCUAUGUUUUCGUGGACUGGUGUGGCUACGUCUUCUGAUAUGACGGUGUGCAAGGUGGCUGGUCUGCAAGGUGCUAUGUCCUCUCCCGUCCUUUCAUCGGAUGGGAGCUCAAUAGCUCUUUUGGCUAUGCAGCACGAUGGAUAUGAGUCUGAUAAAAAUAGGAUUAUCUACAUUCCCAACCCCUGGAACGGGGCUAUGAUUGAAGUUUUUGAGACAUCUGAUGGAAAGGGCCUUUGGGACCAUAGCCCUUCAGCUAUCUCUUUUGCCCAUGAUGAUAAGUCAUUGCUGGUCCAGGUUGAGGUAGUUGGACGUGGAGUCCUCUAUCAGCUCCCUCUUCACAAGAUAGAGGAGGCAAAACUUCAAGAUCUGAAACAACUGACUCACCGUGGACACGUUAAUGAUGUAGUGCCUGCUGCCCUCAAUUCUUCCAAACUGUUCAUCUCCAGCAACAGUCUGGUAGACAGCAGUAUAUGGUCAAUAAUCGACCCGGCUAAUCCGGAAGACGUACAGUUUGUCUCGUCCAAUGCUCGAGGAGGAUCUGCAAUGGGUCUUUCAUCAGCUCAGGUCGAUGAGAUUUGGUGGAAAGGAGCUGAAGACCAUCCUGUACACGCGUGGGUUGUAAAACCGUCCUACUUCAAGCCUGGUGAGAAGUAUCCAUUGGCCUUCUUGAUCCAUGGUGGCCCUCAAGGCGCAUGGAAUGACCAAUGGAGCACUCGCUGGAAUCCUGCACUCUUUGCGGAGCAGGGCUACGUCGUGAUCACUCCCAAUCCGACAGGCAGUACUGGGUAUGGCCAGCCUUUCACAGAUGGAAUCCGCGGCCAGUGGGGCGGACGGCCGUACGAAGACUUGGUCAAGGGCUUCGAGUUCAUCGAGAAUAACUUGAACUUCGUUGACACCACUCGAGCUAUCUGUGCCGGGGCCAGCUACGGUGGCUAUAUGACUAACUGGAUUCAAGGCCACCCUCUGGGGCGUAAAUUUAAGGCACUGGUCACUCACGAUGGCGUCUUCAGCAUGACAUCGCAGCUUGCCAGCGAUGAGCAAUAUUUUCCUCUGCAUGACCUGAAGGGUCCUAUCUGGAAGGUUCCCGAGAACUGGGCCCAAUGGGACCCCUCGCGUUUCACAGGAAACUGGGAAACGCCUCACCUGAUUAUUCACAACGAAUUGGACUACCGCCUCACAAUUGCCGAGGGACUAUCCGCAUUCAACGUUCUGCAGAUGCGAGGUAUUGACAGUGCCUUCUUGACGUUCCCAGAUGAGAACCACUGGGUUUUGAGCCCCGAGAAUUCUCUUCUCUGGCACCGGACUGUUUUCAACUGGAUCAACAAGUAUGUUGGGAUUUCUCCAGUUGCGGACCAGCCAGACCUGUCCAUGUCCUCGGGCAUAAGUAAACUAGGCAUUUGA